AUGGGCAACCUUACCACCCCCGGCCCUCUCGGCAUGCGCAGCCCCCACACGCCACCAUCGGCUGCGAGGGCCUCCCUAACCGAUGCUCAACAAAAGUCUUUCUCGGCUGGUGUGCCAGCCGCAGCUGAUCAGGCAGAUCAUCGGUUCGGAGCGCCAUUGCUUCGCUCUCUUGACGAGCCCAUGUCCACUGGGAGUGCUCAGGAUAACGUCUCCACAGUGCUUGCUGCUACUGCGACACCAGUGGCGUCGUUUGCAGCCCCGUAUGGUGAGGUUGCCGGUGUCGCUCGCGCAGUGUUGCCAUCGUCUUCGCCAUCUUUGGCUAGGGCCUCUCGGCUGCAGACUGAUGCUCCGAUGGCCACCAUCCCAGUUGGGAAAUCGCUUCAGCUGAACGUGGAGGAGGUGGACACGCACCCGUCAUCAGAGCCUGUGCCGCUUCAACUGCAGUCCCUGAAGCGCCGCUCCAGGAAAGCGGUGGCAGACUCCAUUCUGCUACCCCGUCACAUCAACAAGCUCUUCCACAAGAUCAUGGGGUGGUCGGAGGAGCUGGUCAACCUAGAGGCAGAGCGGGACUCGCUCUCGCCGGAGCAGACGGAUGCGUCGGCCCUGGGUGGCGAAACUCCGCGCGUGUUACGCAAAAAAGCUGCAAAUUUGACUGAUAAGAUGAAGUACGGUGUUCUCCUUGACGCAUAUGAAAAAGAUAAGUUUGCCAUCGAGCAUCAACUGGAGAUUGCCGGCGACAAAAUGGAGCGCAAGAUGCUGGAAUGGGAGGGGGUGCACGUCCUGGACCAGGACGCUGCUGCGGAGAUGGCGCACGUGCUGGAGAAUAAGGCCUCCCUCGUUAUGGAGGCUCCUUCGUCGUUCCACGUUCCAGUGCCUGGCCGCGACUGCUGCACAGGGUGCGGAGCACUUUUGCAGAACUCUAGCGAGGACACCUUCGGCUACGUGCGGCCGGGCGAGAUCGAAAAGUACGUGGCUCAGCGGAACGAGAAGGCGCUGCUCCGCCAUGAAUAUGCGGCUCGCAUGGCAGAGUUGCAGGCCCACUGGGAAAAGCACGGCCGUCAGGUCGGAGAGGAGUGGCUGGACUUCAUGACGCAGGAGGAGUUUGACGCUUUCUACCGUGACAGACCUCGCCCCUUCACCUGCCACCGCUGUCACGCCCUGGAAAACCUCGGCGUGGAGGGGCGUCGCAAGGUGUGGUCUGCCCCAGACUUCACAGACCAACUCCGCGCCCUCAAAGAAAAGAAGUGCGUAGUCGUCUUGGUCGUGGACAUCACGGACUUUCCGGGCUCGAUGGUGUACGAUUUGCCUGGUCUGAUCAGCAUGAAUAAUCCAGUCAUCAUCGCAGUGAAUAAGAUGGACUGCAUUCGGAAUCGCUCUUUCAACUACGCCGGCAAAGAUCGCAGCGUUGCAGCGUGUUUGGUGUCCGAGAGCUACGUGCGGCGUUGGGUGCUGGACAUUGCGGUGCAAUUUGGGCUACCGCAGCAUCAAAUCAAACGAGUGGUACCUGUUUCUGCAAAGCGAGGCUGGGGCAUCACUCCGCUGAUCAGCGCCAUCGAAGAUGCAGCCAAUUUAAACCUCCGGCGCCCCCACCAGCCCCUGCCCACCUACUUUGUCGGUGUGGCAAACGUUGGCAAGUCGUCUGUGAUCAAUGCCAUGGCACACGCCCUUUACGUGCCUCAGCCCCCACACCCGGCGAGUCGAAAAGUGUACUACACAAAGACAGACGCAGAGGGGAAGGAGGCCGUCUUUUGGCGCUGGUACACCCCCCCCAACGUGAAUCAGGCAGAGAUGCUCGACAUACGGGGCCGCCACGACAAGAAGGCAUCUAAGCUGAUGACGGUGUCUUCCCUUCCCGGCACCACUGUUGCCGUUAACGCGGUCCGCCUUUCUAUCGGACCCACAGCGCAAACCGUAAAGCAGGAGCACCAGCGACUGUCGGAGGGCGCGGCCGUACUUGGGAGGGCGGAGGAGCUCGCCAAGACACAGACCUACAUCUACGACACACCGGGGCUUCUCCCUCACUGGCACCAGCGGUCUCUUCUUACCCUCCUGCAGAUGCGCCGGACGCUAAUUCGAACAUUUCGCAACCCGCAAUGCUUUCUCCUGCUUCCAGGCCACACACUGUUUCUCGGCGGCCUUGCCGCCGUCGACGUCGUGCGUGGCCCGUCACGAGGGUUGCUGUUUCUUGUCUACACGUCUCAGAAGGUGCGCAAUGCCAUUGUGAAUACAGUGCAGUCCGAUGCGUUCUGGCGAGCGCAGCUGGGCAAGGCGCUGGACCCUCCCGGCUCGUAUGAGCAGCUGCUUACGCUGGACGACCUCAGCUCUGCAGCCGGCCCGCCUGGACUUUCCGAGACCAGGAGCUACCUCUUUGAGUGCUACGGGCGCCAUAGGCGGCGUCCAAAGGCCGAUCUGUACGUGUGCGGUCUCGGCUGGACUUCGUUCUGCGUCAGUGAGCCCGCGGACGUUGUCUUGCGCGUGCGCACUUUACCUGGGGUCGUGCACGGCGUGCGCGAGCCGCUACGCUUCAAAGACCUCCGUGCACGACGGGGAUGGCCAAAGCUGAAGCGCCGCUUUACUGCCAAAGGGAUCGAGGAAAUGGAGAGCGACGUCGAUAGCGACUCCAUCAACACAGUGGUGCGCCUCGUAUCAGCCCCGGUGACGCCAGCACCUCCUGCGUCCGCGGAUGAGGCCACCGAAGCAAGCGUGCACACAGUGGAGCGGGCAGCUCAUCCACGCCAUCACUCCGCUUCGUCUGCUCCCUUUGCGGCGUUGAAAGAAGACCUGCACGCUGCCGGAAAACUGUAG